AUGGCUUCCAAAAGACCCGCACCCGAGACCUUGCAACCGCGCGACAUCCAGCAGGAACGCGCAGCAUGCUCGUUCGACGUCGACGCCAUGUCGUGCAUCCUCCCCGGCUCACGCACCGAGCGUGACAAUGCACGCUGGCUUCUCUCGCUUCUCAAGGACGAUCCGGACCACACCUUUGACAAGGAGGAUCGCGUCUUCCAAUCUCGCAAUGAACGCUUCCUCAAGGGUCAGCAGGUCUCCCUCCGCUACUUUGAGAUCCGCAACCGCCACGGCCUCGAAAAGAAGGACGCCGACAUGCUCCGUCUCUUCACCGACGAGUACCUCCCCAUCCAAGUAGCAGAGAGCAUGGCACAGCCCACUCUCAUGCGACAGGCAAGCACCGAACAGUGGGCGGAAUGGGGUCCCAUGGUCAGAUCCGGCCGCUGGCUCGGUUGCUACAUGCAGACCGAGCUCGCACACGGCUCCAACCUCUCGGCACUCAGGACCACCGCCACCUUCGACCACAACAGCGACGAGUGGAUCAUCAACACUCCAGAGCCGUCCGCUGGAAAGGUGUGGAUCGGAGGCAGCGGUCUCACCGCCACGUACGGCGUGGUCAUGGCCAACCUCAUCAUCAGCGAAAAGUCGUACGGCAUGCACCCCUUCCUGGUUCACCUCCGCUCGCUCGAGGACCACACUCUCCUACCCGGUCGCCGCAUCAUCGAGAUGGGCUGUAAGCUUGGCGCGCCUGCGAUGGACAAUGGAUACACGUGCUUCGACAGUGUUCGCAUCCCGCGCUCGCAUCUCCUCCAGCGCUUCCAGACCGUCUCCAGAGACGGCGUCUACGAGAAGCGCAAUGCCGCCGCCCAAGUCAUGACGCGCGGCACCAUGACCCUCGUUCGCGUCGGCCUCUGCGAGAUUGCAGCCCACCACCUGGCGCGUGCCGCCACGAUUGCGAUCCGCUACGCCGUCGUUCGACGACAGGGCACCUCGAGCACACAGCCAGACCAGCUCGAGCCCAAGAUCCUCGACUACGCCUCGGUCCAGACGCGCGUGCUCACUGCCCUCGCCUCCGCCUACGCCAUCACCUUUGUCAGCCAGCACCUCCGGCGCCUGUACACUCGCAUGAUCGCCGAGAUCGAGUCGGAGGGCAACAGCGCGCUCCUCCCCAUCGUACACGGCUACUCGAGCGUGCUCAAGGCCGUCUGCACCAACGAAUCGCUCGCCGGCAUCGAACGGUGCCGUCGCAGCAUGGGCGGUCACGGCUUCAGCCAGGCCGCCGGCUUCGACUUUGAGCGCAACCAGCCCAACGCCGGCCUCAUCUACGAGGGCGAGAACUCGAUGCUCCUCGCAGGACCCUCGGCCAACUUUUUGGUCAAGCAGCUCAACGAGUCGCGCAAGCGCAACGGCAAGGUACAGUACCCCGAGCUCGCCUACCUCGAGCUUGUCGCGUCUCCGUCCGGCUCCGCAGAUGCCGUUUCGAAGCGUUCGCAGGCUGUCGGCGUCGACCAGAUCGAUCAACCCGCAAGCUUGCUCGGGCUGCUCGGCUUCCGGGCUGCACUUCUGGUUGAGCGACUCGCACAGCACCGCUCGAGCACAGCGGGCGCCGAUGGCGUGUCCAAGCACAUCGACACCAACCUCGCCGUGCGUGCCUCGACCGCCCACGGAGCCUACCUGAUCGGAUACGCUUUCUCCCAGCUCGUGCAGCAGCUCAAGUCAGACUCCGCCGCUUCCACCAAAGAACGAUACGGCGUUGCAGUUCAAGACUCGCACGUUGCCGCGGUCGAUGCGCUGCUGCGCUUCCACCUCAUUCAGAACUGCAUCUUGAGCCCAGACAUGCUCAGCGACUUCCUUGAGCUCCAGCUUCUCUCACCCGUGCAGCUCGACAGGCUCCGACGGACGUCCGCCACGCUCUUGUCCGGGCCCAUCCGUCGCGAUGCACUGGGACUCGUCGAGAGCUUCGACCUGGACGACUGGUACCUCUGCUCGCCACUCGGCAGCAGCGACGGCCGCGCAUACGAGAGGAUGAUCGAGUGGAUGAAGCGCGAACCUCUCAACCACUCGGGCGAGCGCGGCGCCCGCGACGAAAACGGCGUCGUCAAGGGCUACCACGACGGCAUCGGUCGCCUCAUCCGCGGAGAAGCGGUCCAGUUCACCGAGCGCGCCAAGCUGUAA